CGCGGACGACGCGAUUCCACACCGCAAACCCUCCCUCCCUCCCUGGAUUGAUCGAGCUGCUCGUCCACCUCCGCUCCGCCCCUCGCCUCGCCAUUUCGUAGCUUGUUUCUUUUUCCCUUCUCCCUCCCUUUCGGUUUCUGCUCGAUUCAUCAAAUUAGUUUAUUGGAGGGGAGGGAGACGUUAGGUGGGCUGGGCGCCUCAGCGCCUGCGUGCUCCGCCUCGGGAGAAGCCGAGAAGGUCAAAAGAAAUCCCCACCACCAACGCAGGCGACUCCCGCAAUCCACCAUAGCUUCCUAUUCUCCCCGUCGCCAGACGCCCAGAGCCCCCCGCCCCCAGCUCGGAGCAAGCAAUAAAAGGCAAAGGUGCCGACUUUUCUGAACCGCUUGCCCUCCGUCCACGCCAUAUUGGUCGAUUGCUCGAUUCCUCGGUCGGGGGAGGGACCCCGGGCCCGGAGAAGUCAGCAAGAGAUGUGCCCGCUGCGGGUCAUCCUCAUCUUCCUCUCCGCCACCGUCGCGGGCUUCUUCCUCGUCAGGGGGCUCAACGCCGAGCCGGACCAGUUCGACGCCGACGCCGACGCCGACGAGUCGGGAUCCCCCAGGGCGCCCCUGCCUCUGCAUUCCAAGGUUGGAUCGGCUGUGAAAGCAGGGUUCUGGACGAUGGUGGACAUGGCAAGCGGGCGUUACCUCUGGCGCACCCUUGUUGCACAGCCUGCGAAUUCAGAAUCCGAGAAGGUCCGGUGACGAAUGCUCGGUUGUUCGUAAAUUGUCUCGUCCUGCGGAUGGAGUGCCACAUAGAUAGACAUAG